AUGCAUAACUAUAAGGGAAAAAAUGAAGAGGAGAAAUUAUCAUAUAAUACAUCACUGAUACAUAAUAUCACACGAGUUCUCGAUACCAUUCUUCUCAAUCAGAAUCGUCAUUUUCGACCUAUCAACGGGGAUCCUAAUGCUCCAUUAAAAGUUGAAAUUGACAUUUCUGUACGCAGCAUUGGACCAAUAUCGGAACAACAAAUGGAAUUCUCAUUGGAUUGCUAUUUUCGGCAAAAAUGGUUAGAUCGACGGUUAGCCUUCGAUACGUUCGCAAAUCGAGAAGAUUUACCAAUUGCUAGCAAAAUGCUUAAAGAUAUAUGGACACCGGAUACAUACAUUCGAAAUGGACGACAUUCAUAUUUGCAUACUCUGACAGUACCCAAUGUUCUUUUUCGAGUUCGUUAUGAUGGACAAAUUCAUGUAUCACAACGAUUAACAAUACGAAGCCGAUGUGAAAUGUUUUUCAAAAAAUUCCCAAUGGAUCGUCAAGCAUGUCCAAUUGAAAUUGGUAGUUUGGGUUAUUUCUCCAAAGAUGUCGUUUACGUAUGGAAAGAUGUAGAAUUGGAUUCAAAAAUGAACAAUAUGCUUGCACAGUAUCGGCUACUUCACGUCAUCAAAACGUCGUAUAAUUGGACUGAUCCACAUGUAUCGGUGCUAAAAGUAUAUUUUAAACUUCAACGUCAACAAGGUUUCUACAUACUGCAAAUUUAUACGCCAUGUACGCUGAUAGUUGCAGUAUCUUGGGUCAGCUUCUGGAUCAACAAAGAAUCAUCACCUGCUCGAGUUUCAUUAGGAAUAAUGACAGUACUUUCCGUGUCAACAUUGGGUUUCAGUUAUCGAUCCGAUUUGCCGAAAGUUUCGCAUUCAACGGCUCUCGACAUUUAUAUCAUUUCGUGUUUCGGAUUUGUGUUCGCUGCAGUAAUCGAAUACGCCAUCAUCAAUUAUGUGAAUAGAAUCAAUAUGCGAAACAAAGUAUCAAAAAUGCGCAUGUUAUCGACGCCACUAAUGCUCUCGAGACCAGAUGUUAAUAUUCACAACCAAACAAUGGCUCCAGAUUCAAAACCUCAACCAGAUCCACAUUUAUUUAUACCAAAGCAGGAGUGUUCAGUGUUCCGUCGAAUUGCCGCAAAAGCAAGUGAAAAAAUGAAAAUCAAGAAUCCAACGAAUGUAGUCAGUCGAAUAGAUUCCGCUUCCAAAAUAGCCUUUCCAUCGCUUUAUAUUUUAUUCAAUGUUAUCUAUUGGCUAGCUUUCCUUUACUGGAUUCCCGAUGAAAUAAGCAGUCUUAUUUAG